UUUCUCUGUAAGAUGAUAUUUACAUCACAUGAUAUCAGACCUGCUGGAGGCUUUCAGGUUUACAGCAUGAAGUAAAACAACAGUGCAUGUGCAGUAUGUACUGUCAUUUACUGUGUACAGACACAUCCAAUACAAAGUACACACCUUACGUACUUUUACAUCAGAUAUUGCUGGAAAGCGUUCCUGUUUGUGGAUGCCUUGUAUGCAAUAAUGGAUCAAUAAUAAUCUGCUAAUGUGAUUUAUUCUCUCCAAAGUCCCACAAGUCCUAAAACAAAUCAUAUACCUGUGCACACUAUUUUAACUUUUAUACUCGAUACUUCAGGUACACUUGAUGAUAAAGUAAGUGACUGCUGGUAAAUACAUGUUAACUAAAGGUACAUUUAUUAAUUUAGUGCUGCUACUUCCACUGAAGUCUUAAAUAGAAUAAUUAAUGUAGGAUGCGUUUGUAGUUAAGGGAGCAUUUUCAGAGUUCAACCAUGGAUGACGUCACUUGAGUAAAACAUCACUCGUUAGUCUUAACUGAACUGCCAGCGUCACUCACAGCUAACAGUUUUGUGCCCGUGAGGCGGAGAUUUCGACGGAAAACAUGACAAUUUAAAAGAGAAGAAUAACGUUAACAAGGCUGUUAACGGCUAGGAAACACUGUUCAAUACGUGUGGAGACUUUUCCAGAGGCCGUGCAAACUUUUCUUGAGAGGAAACAAGUCAAAACAAAAAUAACCGGAAGUAGUAGUAUUCGGCCUGACGGCAGACCCACCCAUUCAUGCUAACCUACGCACGUUUAGUGGGCUGGGGGAAGAUACGCCGUUUUUGUUAUUCUCUGCGUAAAAUACGCGCCUAAGUGACGCUCCACUCGUUUUUCGUGGCUCCCCGUACGUCCGUAACGGCUACGCGUAGACGUACCUGUCAAAGGACAUUUAAAUGGGCACACUGUACCGAGCCGUAUACCGUGCAGCACGCUAAUAACGCUGUUACGAUCACAUUUGGACAAACAGCUGCGUGAGAACCGCCUGUUCUUCUGGUCGGUGGUGUUGUUUUUCUUUUAACCUGCUUUUAACCGCUAAGUUCGUUCAGAAAACCAAAAAAUGACGGACGAAGACGACUUUGUGCAGAAAGCUCGAACCGGGUUUGAAGAUCUCUGUCGGGCUUUGAAUAUGGACGAAGAGGCGAGCAGCGAGGCUUGGAAAACCUACGAAAGCAUCAGCAGAAAUUUCACAUUAGAGGGCAGCGAGCUGCACUGGCUGGCCUGUGCCCUGUACGUUGCCUGCAGGUCCUCUGUGCCCACGGUGGGAAAAGGCACCUCGGAGGGGAACUACGUGUCUCUGACCAGAAUCCUGCGCUGCUCAGAGAUGAGCCUGAUCGAGUUCUUUAAUAAGAUGAAGAAGUGGCAGGACAUGGCCAACCUGAAUCAGGAUUUCCGUCAGAGCACCGACAAGCUGGAGAGAAACUUCACCGUGUCGGCGGUCAUCUUUAAGAAGUACGUUCCCAUCUUCAAAGCCAUCUUCAAGGCCCCGUCAGAGGAGCCGCCGCGAGUUCACCGCAGUCGCAAACAGAGACGUCAUCCCUGCACUGUGACUGAGGUCUUCAACUUCUGCUGGGUUUUGUUCGUCCACGCUAAAGGGAACUUCCCGAUGAUCAGCGACGACCUGGUGAACUCGUAUCAUCUGCUGCUGUGUGCUCUCGAUCUCGUCUUCACCAACGCUCUGCUGUGCAACGCCAGGAAAGACCUGCUCAACCCAAACUUCAAAGGUCUACCAGAGGACUUCAGCAGUAAAGACUACAGACCGCUCGCAGGUCCGUACUGCUUCAUAGAGCAGCUGUGUGAGCUGCAUGACGGUCUGGUGCUGGAGGCCAAAGGAGUCAAAGAACACUUCUGGAAACCUUUCAUCAAGAAGCUUUUCCACAAGAGGAUUCUCAGAGGAAAGGAGGACAGCCUGACUGGUUUUCUGGAUCCCAUGAACUUCGGCGACAGUUUUUUAUCUCUCACUCGGGUCUAUGAGGAACACGUUCUGGCCACCGGCAGUCUGGAUGAGAGGAUCUUCACCGGUGAGGGGGCGAGCGAGGACAUCGGCACCCCUGGGCCUUGUCUGUGUGAAGGGGCGGAGAACCAGGACGGCCCCACCGGCAGGCUUCACAGCAGCCUCACUGCCUCUGCACUGAAGGUCUCCACCCCGCUGACAGGCAGGAAGUACAUUCAGGAGAACAGCUUGGCAUCUCCGGUCUCGUCCGCCAUGAAGUGUGUCGGGCGACUCCAUACCCUGCUGUCAGGGACCCAACAGGGGCCGAGCGCCAAGCUAAUGGAGACUCUCAGGACCUGUGCCAGGGACCCCAGUGAGGUCAUCAGCAGGCGCCUGAGGGACAUGUUUGAGCUCUUCUCUCAGCACUUCGAGGGCAGCGGGGCAGAGAACCGGGGGAUGGGGAAAGAAAUGGCAGUGAAGUACUUCCAUCUGGCGGAGGCGCUCUACUACAGGAUCCUGGAGUCCAUCAUUGAGAGAGAGAAGAUGAUCCUGGGGGACGCCGACCUGUCAUGUAUUCUGGAGCAGGACGUCUUCCAUCGCUCCCUGCUCGCCUGCUGCCUGGAGAUCGUCAUCUUCUCCUACAGACCUCCAGGGGAUUUCCCCAACUUGAUCGGCAUCUUCCAGCUCCCCGCUUAUCACUUCUACAAGGUGAUCGAGGUGUUGGUGCGCUCAGAGCAGGGUCUGUUUCGGGAAGUGGUGAAGCACCUGAACCAGGUGGAGGAGCAGGUCUUGGAGACCCUGGCCUGGACCAGUGACUCCCCCCUGUGGGAGAGCCUCCGUGGGACCAAAGACCACGUCCCCACCUGCCAGCAGGUGAUGCCUCCUCAGCAUCUGGAACAAAACGAUGACAGCAGCUCAGGCGGCGUUUCUGUGACUCCUAUCAGCCACGCACCAGACCUGAACGCCAGCAGCACUCUCAAAGGUGUGUCGCCCUCGCCCACCACCCUGCUGGACCGGUACAGCUCUCCGCCCACCGGCACGGCUCGCCGCCGCCUGUUUGUCGACCCACUGGACGGCGAGCCUGGAGUCCCCUCCAACAGCACCACCGCCACCACCAGUACGGCACCAGCCGCCACAACCAAGACUGGGCAGCCCGGCCUCGUCACAGCCAUCCCAGCUGGGCAAACUGUGGUCACCGUGGCGACCGCCACCGUUACUGCUAACAACGGGCAGACAGUGACCAUACCUGUGCAGGGUAUAGCCAAUGAGAGCGGAGGCAUCACCUUCAUCCCGUUCCAGGUGAGUGUGACCGGACAGGGCGGAGCCAUGUUGCAGCCGCUGUCCGCACAGACUCUGAGCGGCACGCUCGGCGUCCAAUCAGCCGUCACCAAAACAACUGGCAAACAGUCCGGCAGUCCUCUGAGGAAAGGCUCGCUGUCGCUGUUCUUCAGGAAGGUGUACCACCUGGCCAGCGUGCGUCUCAGAGAUCUUAGUGCCAAACUGGACAUCUCCUCCGAGCUGAGGAGGAAGAUCUGGACGUGUUUCGAAUAUUCUCUGGUUCACUGCACCGACCUGAUGAUGGACCGUCACCUCGACCAGCUCCUCAUGUGUGCUGUUUAUGUCAUGGCCAAGGUGACCAAAGAAGACAGAUCCUUCCAGAACAUUAUGAAGUGUUACCGCACUCAGCCUCAGGCCAGCAGCAACGUGUACAGGAGUGUGUUGAUCUCGGGGAGGAGGAGACGUCACUCAGGCAGCAGUGAUACCAACAAACACAACUCGUCUGCUGACACCAGCCAGGAUCCAGCAGGUGGAGACAUCAGUCCAGUUCCCAUUCGCUCCAGCAGCACCUUGCCCACCCCCCAGCCUGGCAGUGCCCCCUCCACCCCCACGAACACCUCCAACAAGAACUCCUGCCCCUCCUCGUCCACCUGCUCUGAGGGCGAGCAGGAGCGGGGAGACCUGAUCCACUUCUACAACAACGUUUACAUCAAACAGAUGAGACACUUUGCUCUGAGAUACUCGGCAGGCUCGCCCUCUGCGGGGGUGGAGUCCCCUCCUCUGUGUCCGUACCCCACCCUGAGGACGGGCUCUCCUCGUCGGAUGCUUCUGUCCAGCAAACACUCCAUCUACAUCUCACCUCAUAAGACAGGCUCCGCCCCGACACCAACCAGAGACAAGAUUUACUACUACAUCUGCAGCAGCCCCCCCAACCGUCUCCAGGAGAUCAACAGUAUGAUCCGGACCGGAGAGACCCCCACCAGGAAGCGCAUCAUUCCUCUGGACGACGAGACGUCACCCAAGAGGGUUUGUCCCGACAACCACUCUGCCCUGCUGCGCCGCCUGCAGGAUGUCGCCAACGACCGCAGCUCCUCCCACUGAGACCACACACACACACACACACAAAAGCUUAUCUUGCUAUACUUGUGAGGACCCUUGAGUCCAUCACAACCAUCACGGCUACCGUAUUUCUUCUGAAUUUUCUUCCACACACGUCAAAACUCUGCUGCUCGAGUUCACUCUCCACUGUGUUCACUCACACUGAAUGAGCUUCAAAUGUAGCUACUGCCAUCUGUUGGCAGGAUUACGUCACUACAGCGUACUGUUGGCCGAGACAUUAACACACAUUCGGUGGCUGAAAUCAGACGACGUGUGUGCAGGUGUAACAAAAAGCAGGAGGUUAGCUGUUGUAGUUGUUACAGAUGGAUGCAGUUUGUGUCACAAACCGCAAAUCUUCUCGAGUCAUAAUGUGUUUUUAGUUUCAGUGUGACAUACACUUCCAGAGGACAUCGUUAUCUCUGAUGUCCAUAAGGUUAGAAAUCAGAGACCAUUCAGAACUGCGCAGAUAACUAUCAUGUUUUUAAGCAUUCAGCUAAUUCAGCGGACUAUUUGCCAAAAACAAAACAGUGAUAACCUUGCGAUCUCACCGGCUCCAUGGCGGCCGUCCCUCAGAGCAUCAUGGGAACUGUGGUUCCUAAUGUCAGAGUGUAAAACACAGAAUAUUAACAAAUCCAUCCAUCACAUUGUUUUAUGUUGCACUAUAAUAUUUGUUUGACUUUACUGAGACGCAGAAUGUCCUGCUAAAAUGGAACUGGGGGAGGAGGUUGAGCUAAUAAUCAAUGAGAAGAUGGUGAUCAACCAUCAAACACGUUUUGUCUGCACUGUGUUGUGUAGAAACAGAGCGUGUCGUUGACUCGUGCCGUUGGUGUUACGCUCUCUUCAUUCCAUCCAUUUAUUCUCUUUAUUCAUGAAUGUAUUUUUGUUACUGAACAUUUUCUACAUGAAGUUUCUAACUGAAGUGAAGGUCUGAUGAAGUUUCAGCAGCUUUCUGAAACAGGAUGUUCUCAUUCUGAUGCUUUAGUUUUACUUUAUUCUCUUAUUUUAUUUACUUAAACUUUUAUUAGUCAUCCCCGUUUUCUGUCAUACUAAACAAAAUAUGACUUAAUUCCAUGUUCUGUUUUACAGUUCGUUUACAAAAUCGUGAUCCUUUGUUUUUAAGCAUGAAACGUGUCAGUUAAAGGGCUCAAGACUGACAUUUAUAAAGUUAAAAUGUGACUUUUAUUGGCACGUCAGGAGAUAUUUUGAUCUCAUUUUUCAAAAUCUCACGUAGGAAUGAAGAUGUUUAUAUGUUGCUCUCCUCCUGCCUUUCUCAUGUGUUAAACAAAGCGGGUUAUUGUCGACUGUUUCGUCAACUGACUGUCAUUACGAGAAGUGUGUAAAUAUUUGUAAAAAAACAAAGAGAGCGAGAGAAAGAAAAGCUAUUUUAUGAAGGUGAUGUAAACAAAGUGCCUUUUAUUUUUUUCACUCCUGAAACCUGUUUGUUUGUUUACAACAAACAAACUUGACUUUUAUUAGACUUCCUUGAUUGUAAAAACUGAUGGAAUAAAUAAAGUGUUUAAAGUGA